ACCCCGGUCUCCGCCUGCCCCAAUCCCCACUCCAGGCCGUCAUCCCCAACCCACCAUGAGGACGAGGAUGCCGAGCUCAGGCGGCGGCGCUGGUCCGGGCCUCCGAGGGAUCAGACCGUCCUCCGUCGACCUCUGCUUCCUCUUCCUCAAGACCUUGGCCGCCUGCCGCAGGGAGACCGCAGCUCCGCGCUCGUAGGCCUGCCCAAUCCUCCUCUUGCUCCUCGCGCUGCUCUUCCCUUCCCCCGCCCCCGCCCCCGCCAGUGCCGCCUCGCUGUCCCCGCUCGCGGCCAUCUCCAACGCCUCCUCCCACACCUACGCCCACCCCUGAUGCUACCUUCUUCGAUGCGACGUCGUCGACACCGUCGCCAACAAGUACGGCUGGGACCCCGUCACGGAGGUCCGGGUCUGGCCGCUCAACACCGAGGGCGCGCUCGUCGGCGCCGUUCAGCGGUACGAGUUCCGCGCCGGUGCGGGGGCGCCGCGGUCGCGCUGGCACGGGCCUCUGACGGGGCCGUCAACUGGAGCCGCCCCGACGCCCCCGCGGUGGAGGAGGUGGUCUGGCCCGACGGGGUCGACUUCGUCGCCGGCGACGGCCUGGCGUUCGGCACCGGCGUCAGGGACAUGGACAUAGUAGGCCCGUUCGAGCUGGUGGUCUCCGAUGGCGCUGGCGGGGGCCUCGCAGAGCUCCAGCUGCCGUCGGUGUCCUGUCUCCGGCGUUCUUGAGCACCAUUGGGUCGAGGAAGGAGAAGCCAUCCUAUGGACUAGAACAGUUUGUGUGAGAUUUUAUUUUCUGGUGGGUUUAUUAGCUGGCUUGGAAAUGCUCCCUUGACAUUGUCCCAUUCAUCAACACAAAGAUUGUCAGCCUUUACCCAAUUGCAAGAUCUUCAGAAUAAAAAAGGGGAGACUGAGACCGGUAGAAAAGAGAUUCUUCAGUACACAAUAUAUGCAUCUGUUGAUUUUGCAAUUGUCCAGGUUAGAUUCUCUGAAAUAUUCAAGGAUCUCUUGGACAUUUUUUUGGGCAUUUUUGAUCCAUGAAUCAGCUGUUUUCGAAUUCGGAAACAGUUGAAUUCCUGGAAAACCAUUUCACCACACGUGUUCAGUUUGUUAUUUUGAGUCCAUGCCCCCUGCUUACACAGCGGCGAGGCCAACCAGGGCGUACAGGGGCGGAGUCAGCAACUUGGUAGUGCGUCCAUUUACGCGUGGCGGCCUGCGGAUUUGGGUGCAUGACAGCCGACCAACAUGCUGUGUGGGCGUGAUGCUGUCGACAUGUUGUACAUGAGUGUUGGCUGCCAGAGGCGCGCGUGGCUGACCGAUAUGUGUGUGGUGCGUGAGGAUAGCUUUAUUCAUAUUCUUCCAAUUUCGAGAGAGGAAGAGAACUCAGUAGUACUGCCAAUUUUGGCACGCAAUGUUCGUUUUUCAGAUUCACCAUGAUUGGUAAUGUUGUUUAGUACUUUAACUUUGUCAUGGUUCAAUAAAUAGGCAGUUAAUUUU